CGAAGCUCGUAUUUCAGGGUUGAAAGCGCAUACAAAUCCAAUCCUGUCCCCAUGGAUUGAUCGUAGUCGACCACUCUUUCAGCCACGCAAACCCGCAACCUCGCACAGCGACCACAGCCAUGUCAACAUCGCAAUUCGACCGGCGGUCGUCGACAUCGCCGUCGCCGGCAACCUUCAAGUUUCCGGAAUUGUCAGAGGAGAUGCUGCAGACGACACAGGAGGUCUUUGACUCGAACCCAGCGUCGCCUAUGCCCCAACCGCUUGGACUGCCCAAUCACCUGCACAGCCAUGAACGAUGGCAGGCACGAAGGGACUCGCGCAGCACGAACGGAUGGACGCCUAAUGGCGGCGGCACAGUAGGCCGUCAUGGAAGACAAAAGAGCCUGAGCGAGGCAAUCCGAACUGUUCGAGGAAGAAAGGGCAGCGUCAGCCAAAACGCACAUGAGAUAGCGGAUGCGCUCAAGGCCCCUGUGUCAGGAAGGCUCAUCUUCCUGUGUGCCAUCUGGUACACAACCUCCAUCAUGUCCAACACGUCGUCCAAGGCCAUCUUGACAGCCCUGCCCAAGCCCGUGACCUUGACCUUGAUCCAAUUCAUGUUUGUAUGUUCGUGGUGUCUAUUGCUGUCCUGGGCUGCUCGCAUUCACCCUCCUCUCCGGAACUCGAUGCCUGUGCUUCGCCAUGGUAUUCGCAAGCCUUCGCGCGAGCUCAUCAUGACCACCCUACCCCUGACUGCUUUCCAAAUUGGUGGUCACAUCCUCAGCUCUGAUGCCAUGAGCCGCAUCCCCGUCUCGCUCGUCCACACCAUCAAGGGUCUGUCGCCUCUACUCACAGUCCUCGCCUACCGUUUCGUCUUCAACGUCAAAUACUCGUAUGCCACAUACAUGUCUCUCGUACCCCUUACGUUGGGAGUCGUCAUGGCCUGUUCCGCUAGCUUCAAGGCAAAUCUCCUCGGACUUGUCUAUGCAUUCGGCAGCGCGCUUCUGUUCGUCACCCAGAACAUCGUAUCCAAGAAACUCUUCAACGAGGCCGCCAAAGCAGAAGCCGACGGUAUCAGCACGCGUAACAAGAAGCCCGACAAGCUGAACUUGUUGUGCUACUCCUCUGGUCUAGCCUUCAUCUUGACAUUGCCCAUCUGGCUCUGGUCUGAAGGCUUCUCCAUGAUUGGCGACUUCCUCGCCGAUGCCUCCAUCGAACUCUCCGAGCGCCCUGGCUCCCUCGAUCACGCUCGUCUGGGCCUGGAAUUCAUCUUCAACGGUUCCUUCCACUUUGGCCAGAACCUCGUCGCCUUUGUCCUCCUCGGUCUCGUCUCGCCAGUCACUUACAGUGUGGCUAGCUUGUUCAAGCGCGUCUUCGUCAUCGUAUUCGCGAUCAUCUGGUUCGGCAACCCCAUGACCGGUAUCCAAGGCUUCGGUAUCGGUCUCACGAUCCUCGGUCUCUAUCUCUACGACCGCACCAGCGACGCCGCAAAAGCAGACAAACGCGCUCGCGCCAUGCAAGAAAGCAAAGACACACUCCUCCCAAUGGUCAGCGGCGAUCACAAGAAGUCGGAUGCAAACCCUUACUCGCAGUUCCCCAAUAACUACGCACCCUCUAAUGGCGGUUACGGUCUACCGAACGGAGCCGAGCAUAGUAUGCGCGCCAGAGCGUCUAGUAAUGCUUCUCCUGGCUCGUGGUUGCCGCCGGGUACUAAAGCUGAAGAGACUUGGAACUCAGAAGAUCGCUUUGGUCCCAAGCAGAGUAUAGGUGUGAGAUAGAGGUAGCCACUUGUAUCUGAGUACAUUUGAUGAAUAGAAUAAAUCCCUUGUAAUGAAUGCACUUUUUCACAUCACAUACUCAUCCACUCCUUGCGCGAUGACGCGACAGUAUCGCUUACUCCUUGCGACAAAAAGACAAAGCACCUGCCUCCUCAUCCUUUCACGUCAAAGA